AUGUCAGAUCCGAGAAACUACACCAUCGGCUGGAUCUGCGCUACCGCUACCGAAUAUGUAGCCGCCCAAUCCUUCCUAGACGACCGACAUGAGGACCCAGAUUAUCUAUCCCCGACUAACACGAACGACUACUCCCUCGGUCGAAUCGGAAAGCACAAUGUGAUCAUUUCAGUUCUACCGCUUGGCUCAUACGGCUCUGCCUCUGCGGCGCAAGUCGCCGAGAACAUGUUGCACAGCUUCCCCAACGUCCGAAUUGGGCUGAUGGUGGGUAUCGGUGGAGGAGUGCCGCAUCCGCAUGACAUUCGCCUUGGCGAUGUUGUCGUCAGCAUUCCUCUCAAUGGGAGGAGCGGAGUUAUCCAGUACGAUCUCGGAAAAGCUGUGCAAGGACAGGGUUUCCAGCCUACGGGGUUUCUGAACCAGCCGCCUACGGUACUGCGUACGGCGGUGAGUGGAUUGGAUGCUAAGUAUGAGAUGGAGGGACAUCGGCUGAAAGAAGCUGUUGAGACGGUGCUUGGGAAGAUGCCUAGGCUGCGGAGAAGGUAUAAGAGACCCUUACCGGAGAGUGAUCGGCUGUAUAAAAGUCAUGUUGUCCAUCCGUCGGAGGAUGCGGAAGGAAUCAUCUGUGCUGAUGCUGAGAAUGGCGAAGGGUGCUUAAUCUUGCGAACUCCACGUCCCGAAGAGGAAGAUGACCCGGUCAUACACUACGGAUCAAUCGCAUCAGCGAAUCGGCUCAUGAAUGAUGCUCUGAUACGGGAUAAGUUUGCCAAGGACAAGGGCAUUCUCUGCUUUGAGAUGGAAGCAGCUGGCCUCAUGAAUAACUUCCCUUGCCUUGUCAUACGCGGGGUAUGUGAUUAUGCCGAUUCCCACCAGGAAGAGUACAGUGAAUGGCGAGGGUAUGCAGCGAUGAUCGCAGCUGCGUAUGCGAAGGACUUGCUCAAUCGAAUUUCCCCGCAACAAGUGGAAAGAGAACAGAAGAUUCUAGAUCUUGUCAAGAGUUCUAUCGACCAUAUCGUUGAAAAAACGGACCAUAUUGCUGAGACUACGGACUGCCUCGCCCAAACAACAGACCGUAUAGAUCGGAACCUGGCUCUUGACAGAUUACCCAUUGCGCAUGGGGCGGAGUACGAUUCAUACGCAGAUCAAUAUGAAGUUGAAUGUUUGGAGGGCACAAGAACAGACCUCCUAAGACAGAUUCAGCAAUGGGCAUUCUCACAGGACGGAAAAUGCCUCUUCUGGUUGAACGGCAUGGCGGGAACCGGCAAGUCUACCAUAUCCCGCACGGUGGCACGGUCAUUCAAGGAGAAUCUCGGCGCUAGUUUCUUCUUCAAGAGAGGUGAGGAGGACCGAGGGAAUGCUAAGAAGCUAUUUCCGACUCUUGUGCAGCAGCUUGUGCUUCAAUGUCCGGUGCUGGUUCCUAGCGUGCGCAAGGUACUAGAGACUGACCCGAAUAUCACCUCCAAGUCACUCGGGGAGCAGUUUAACCAACUGAUUCUGAAUCCUCUCUUCGAGUUGGAUAAUUCAGAGAAGUACAAUCGUGCGGAAAAUAUCGUGAUCGUGCUUGACGCCCUUGACGAGUGUGACCAAGACUGGGACAUCCGAAGUGUGAUUCGAUUGCUGCCACAAUUGCAGAAAGCUCGUUCUAUUCGCAUCCGGGUUUUCUUAACAAGUAGACCUGAGCUGCCAGUUCGUCUUGGCUUUAGAAAUAUAGAGGAUCAGGAUUACCAGAACUUGGUUCUUCAUGAUAUUCCCGAAGAGGUCACCAGGCAUGAUAUCUCUCUAUAUCUGAACCAUCGAUUCAGCAAGAUCCGAGUGGAGAGAGAUGUCCCUCUCAACUGGCCAAGUGACAGGACCAUCCGAGAACUGAUCACCAUGUCCGUACCAUUAUUCAUCUCCGCCGCGACUGUCUGCCGAUACAUCGAACAUUCAAAAUUAGAGCCCACAGCCCGACUCCGCGAACUACUGCGGGAUCAAACGCGAUACGCAACGAAAAUGGAAAAGACAUACAUGCCAAUCUUAACCCGUCUAGUGAACGACAUAGAAAGCGAGGAAGAAGAGCAACAGCAAAUUCUGCAGAGCUUUCAAAGCAUCAUCGGUGUCAUCGUUCUCCUCGCCAUUCCACUCUCCAUCAACUCCCUUUCCAAAUUGCUCAAUAUUGACCCACGAUCAAUCCACACGCAUCUCGACUCAUUCCAGUCCGUUCUAAGUGUUCCAACCCUCAAGGAAGAAGAUAAACCUGUCCGCAUUCUCCAUCUUUCCUUCCGAGACUUCCUAGUCUCUUCCUCAGAAAACAAAUUCCGCGUGGACGAGUCGAUAAAGCAUAAAGAGAUCGCGGGAUUCUGUUUCAGAAUCAUGAACCUUCAUCUAAAGAAGAAUAUCUGCAACCUAGACAGUGCAGCUACAGAGCGCUCGAGUAUUGAUCCGCAAUCUCUCCGGCUGCUUUUCCCUUCGGAACUUAGAUACGCUUGUCGUUAUUGGGUGACGCAUUUUGAGAGUGGUGAGGUUUCUGAGAGGGAAGUCAAUGGCCUUUUGACGUUUUUUAAAAAGCACUUUUUGCACUGGGUUGAGGCGAUGAGUCUUUUGGGACAUAUUUUCGAGGUUGUUGGGGUGAUCAGUCGUCUUCAGAUUGCUAUUUUGCUCUCGGCUUUCCUACACGACGCCGACCGUUUUGUAUUUCGAAUUCGACAAGUGGUCAAGGAGACACCUCUUCAAAUCUAUUGCUCAGGCUUGAUCUUUGCUCCGAGGAUGUCAAUCGUCCGCAAAGAAUUCGAAAGAGACAUUCCACCUUGGAUGUGCCAACUACCCCAAGUCGAAAACGGGUGGAACGGAGAAUUACAGACUUUGAACGGCCACUUGGACUGGGUGAAUUCGGUGGCAUUCUCGCCGGAUGGCCGACUGCUUGCCUCCAGCUCCGAUGACGAGACAGUGCAAAUCUGGGAUGCGACAACUUGCGAAAUCCAAGAGACUAUUAAAGGCACCGGCUCAGCGGGCUUAGUGGCCUUCUCUCCUGAUGGUCGCUUGCUGGCGUGCGCUUUCUCAGAGUCGUGCGCUUUCUCAGAUAAUGGCAAAUAUAAUAUCCGGCUGUUUGAUCCGGUAACAGGCGAGUUGGAACGGAGCAUUGAAAGUGAAAGCGAAAUCCUUUCGUUAGCUUUCUCCCCUGAAGGUCGUCUAUUGGCAGCUGGUGAUGAGCACCAGACACGACUCUGGGACCUGGAAACGGGUCAGUUGCACCGGCAGUUUGAGGGAAUAGGUAAGAUCCAAUCGGUUGCAUUCUCGCCGAGUGGUGAAGUGAUGGCUUUUGCGUCCAAAACUAGCAGCGGAUUAGAGGUGCACAUCUGGGACUUAGCAGCGGGUAUGUUAAGGGAGACCAUAAGGGAGAACAUAAGGGAAAAAAGGACUAGAUCUAGGAUCUUCGUGGCCUUUUCACCCGACAGGUGCUUGUUAGCGUUUAACAUAUACCAAAAUAUCUAUCUCUGGGAUCUGGAGAUGGGAGCUCCUCGACGAAUACUCUCAGGUCCGGAUGGACCAGUUGCUUCGCUAACAUUUUCCUCGGAUGGUUGCUUACUGGCUUCUUGUCAUUCUGAUUUCGACAGAGAUGCAUCAGUCGUCUGGGAUGUGGAGAGUGGAAAGCUACUCCAUUCUCUCGGAAGAAACGGUCUCGACAACCAGCCCAUGGCAUUUUUUCCUGGCAAGCGAUUGAUCGUGACUGGUCACUGGGAUGGAACUGUACGCAUCUGGGAUGCUACGAUAGAUGGCGAGGAGGAGACGCUGGAAGGCCAUGAAGAACGCAUCUAUUCGCUCGCAUUCUCGCCUGAUGGGAGAAGCCUUGCAUCCGGCUCUUUUGAUCACACGACACGGCUCUGGGACCCAGAAACAGGUUUGGUACGGCAAACGCUGGAACAUGGUAUCUAUGAAAAUGGCCCCUUAUUCUUCUCGCCCGAUGGUCAGAAGCUAGCAGUCGGAAGAUCUGGGGUUGACCCGUGUGUCUUGGAUUUGACAACUGGCGAAGUGGAGGAAUAUGAUUGCAAAAUGCAAAAAAGCACCUCUGGUGUACUCACGGUGGGCUUCACGUCGGAUGGACGCUUGAUGGGGUGUAUCAGAAAUGAUUAUACCAAGAAGUUCGAGCUGCUGGAUAUAAGGACGGGCGUGUUACAGGGUGUCGAGAUUGCGGACUUUGAGGCUGCGACUAGUUUCGUGGCCAUGGCGCUCUCGCCGGAUUGUCGGUUACUGGCAGUUCACGCCGCGUAUAAUGGGGAUAUGCAACUCUGGGACACGGAAACCGGGGAAGAGAUGCAGAGCUGGAUUGUUAGAGCACCGAGGGCUCGGGGGUUAGUGUUCUCUCAUGACGGUUCGUAUUUGUGUACUGAGAAGGGUGAGGUUUUUCAUCGCCAAGUUCCCUCAUCUGUGACAUCCCAAGAGGGUUCGGGGGUAAUAGUGACUGUAGUUGAAGGGUGGUUGGAAUGGAAGGGCGAACGAGUGCUGUGGCUUGGUAGUCAAUCUGGCCUUGAAAAGUGGAUUUCCAGAGGGAGCCUGCUUGCACUGGGGCACUCGACGGGGCGGGUUUCUUUCUUGAGGCUUCAGCCUCUUUCAGAAACAAUUUCUGGAUCACCGAGCUGGAGUAUUUGA